AGGCGAGCACUGUGGCGGCCUGCACGAAAAUUCUGAGUUGCGUCUCUCUAGGCUAUGAGACCUUAGUUCAGAAGACAGUACAAUCUCUCGACGAUACAUUUGCUUAUUCACCAUGAGGUUAGCAAAGCCUAAAGGGGCUAUUUCUCGAAGCUCAAACCAAGGCAAAACCUACGAGACCAAGCGUAAGACAGGUCGCCAGCGGCAGAAAUGGGGGAUGACCGUUCGAUUCGACUCCGGCUUAAGUCGGCGGAGAAGGAACGUGGAUGAGAAGCCCUACAAAUGUAGUAGGUGUUCCAAGAGUUUCGGUCAGAGCUCCACUCUUUUUCAGCACCAGAAGAUCCAUACAGGGAAGAAGUCCCAUAAAUGUGCUGAUUGUGGGAAGAGUUUCUUCCAGAGCUCGAACCUCAUUCAGCACCGGCGGAUCCACACUGGGGAAAAGCCCUAUAAGUGUGAUGAGUGUGGAGAGAGGUUUAAGCAGAGCUCCAAUCUCAUUCAGCACCAGAGGGUUCACACUGGAGAGAAGCCCUACUGCUGUGACGAGUGUGGCCGCUGCUUCAGCCAGAGCUCGCACCUCAUCCAGCACCAGAGAACCCACACCAGAACCCACACCGGGGAGAAGCCCUACCAAUGCGAGGAGUGUGACAAGGGCUUCAGCCAGAGCUCUCACCUGCGGCAGCACAUGAAGGUGCACAAAGACAAGAAGCCACGCAAGAAGGGCAAGAACGCCAGGGCCAAAGCUCACCCAGUGUCCUGGAAAGCUGGUAAAGGGAGGAAGGCAGUGGCCGGGCUCCGCCAGGUGAAGGGUACUGCUUCGGGUCUUUUUAAAAAGAAAAAGUGAAAGACAGGCAAAUGCGCUCUCUUAAGAACGAGGCUGCUUUAUAGUAGAGCACUUAGAUUUCGGGUCCUUCCCUAGCAGGGAGAUGUCAGGAGUCUCGUGACAUUGGGCUAAAACUCAGUCCAGCUGCCCUCACUUCUUUAGAAAAAUAAUGCAUUUAUGUGACAUGGAGCACAAAGAAUUGAAAAAAAUGUUUGAUGAGGCUAUAAUAUCCUUGGCCUCAGUUGAAAUUUCUCCCCUCUGUUUUGAUAAAAAGCAUCAGGUUUUCAUGAUUCACAGGUGUGCCGAUGAUUACUCUGAUUUUAGGAAUUUCUGUAGAUGCAAUCAUUAAAGAAGAAGGAAUGAAUUCUCACGUUCUGGAACAGACUAUAUUUUAUGUUUUUUUUUUAAUGUUCUGUAGUUUAUUAACAUUAGUUCAAGUGUUGACUCGGCAUUUGACAUAAAAUGUGUUAAGUUGUAGAUGUUUUUCUUUUCUGUUAGUGUGUAUUAUAUGAAGUAAUGAGUUUCAUUUUCUCCAUUGUGUAUGAUGUAG